CAAAUAUUUUAUUACCAAACAUCGUGGUUGAAUAUACACAACACAAUCCAACCUUAAAAAGAUGCUUGGAGCUGUAGCAGCUUCCACAGCACUAUGCUUUUCACCAUCCACGCACCCCACAAGAACUUUUGUUCACAGAGGAGUCUCAAAUUCAACAUUGCCAUUGAGCAACCAUGGCCACUCUUUCUCACUCUUAUCAUCCACCCCUAUGCAUUUCUCAUCACACAGCAGUAGAAGACAACCCCUUUUCCUUGCACAAGCUGCUUCAUCUUCAGCUGCAAAUGCUGAAUACGUGGAGGAGCCAGCAACAAAAGUGAAAUUCCAGACAUGUUUGAAUUUUCCGGGUUGCUCAAAUUCAUUAACUUUGUUUGGAGCUGGAUACAGAGAGAAAGUUUUUGCAAUUAUUGGUGUUAAGGUCUAUGCUGCAGGUUUGUAUCUAGAUCAAUCUAUUACUCCUGAAUUGAAUGCUUGGAAAGGGCUAUCAAAAGAUGCUAUUCAGGGGAAUUCUUCCUUGUUCCAGACCAUUUUCCAAUCUUCCUUUGAGAAAUCAUUGCAAAUUAUUCUUGUGAGAGAUGUUGAUGGUCAAACAUUUUGGGAUGCAUUAAGUGAUGCCAUAGCUCCAAGAAUUCCAGCAUCCACAUCUGUAGAUGAAACUGCUUUGACCACUUUCCGUGGUGUCUUUCUAGAUCGCCCUCUUAAGAAAGGAACUUUCAUACUUCUGACUUGGUUGAAUCCCACCAAAUUGCUUGUUUCUGUCUCCCCAAACGGGUUUCCAUCUACUGUAGAUGCUACAAUUGAAUCUGCAAAUGUGGCUUCUGCCCUUUUUAAUGUAUUCCUUGGAGAUAAUCCUGUUUCUCACUCCUUGAAAUCUUCAGUGGCUGAAGGCUUGUCAAAAGUACUCAAAUAGAAAAGUUUUGUGUCUAUUGAGAAAGUUCCAUGCAUCAAUCCUUAAAUUAUUGCUGUAACCCAUAUUCUACUGAUGUCUGAGUAAGUAUGCUUCAUGUUCUACUGAUGUAUGUCUAGUAGUGUACACAUGGAAGCUGUUACUUAGUUCCGGUGGUUAUCUCUAGUCUUUUAAAAUAAAUUGUUUUGCCAUUACUAUAUACUCUUUAAAUCAAUUCUGAUA